CAAAGAAAUAAAGUUUUAAAACAAUUAAAUAUGGGCCAGAAAAGAUAUUUAGUAAGCUAGUAAUUUAAUAAAUUUCUUGUUUAUAACAAAUUUAUACACACCGUCAAUGGCAUUGUUUAAAAUGAUGUCAGAUAUUCAAAUGUAAGUAAAUCAAAAACUGUGUUAAAUUUUAUUUUCUUUGCUAAACAGUACCAUUAUUGUGUGGUAAUGAAUUAGAAUAUAUACAAUUAAAUUAUAGUACUAUCCAUGUAAGUGCUCGCUCUUAUAAAUUGAUACUACGGUUUAUUAUCUUACUAAUAAAAUAAAAAAUUUGACUCCCACUUAUCAACAAAAUUGCGGCAGUACUUGCAGCACCGCGGAACGACGUAACGUUGUAUAUCAACACAACGUUAUUCAGUCAGUCUCAAUCAGGCAAAAGUAAAAGUGACCGCGCGGCAGGUUUUGUUUUUGUAGAAGUUUUGGAUGGUACCAGCAGCACUGGAGUGUCUUUGGUUGAGAAGAAAUAACACAACAUUUUCAAAUUAAAAUGGCUUGUGAUAAAGGCUUCAUCAAUGUCCUUAUGUUGGGGUUGGCGUUUAUGCUGGUUUUCACUGCUUUUCAGACAUGGGGUAAUAUUCAGAAAGCGAUGAUUGACAGUAUCAAAAGCGACGACCCAAACUUUAAUGGAAAUGCGUACAUCAGUUUGGCCAUAGUCUACGUUUUCUUCGCUUUAUUCAAUUGGACAGCACCAUCAGUUAUCAGUUUAAUUGGACCAAAAUUUGCGAUGCUUAUUGGUGGAAUUACAUAUUUGCUAUUUAUUGCAUCAUUUUCUAUACCACGAACGUGGCUACUGUAUCUGGUAAGUUGCAUUAUUGGAAUUGGUGCAGCAUUAAUCUGGACGGGCCAAGGAAAUUAUCUUGCUCUAAAUUCCAGACCAGCGACAAUAUCAAAAAAUUCUGGAAUAUUUUGGGCACUGCUGCAGCUAAGUAUGUUUAUAGGAAACACGUUUGUGUAUUUCGCCUUCAGAGAUAAAGACACAAUUGAUGCUGGCACACGUCAAAUUGUAGUGUGGACGUUAGCUGCCAUUGCCCUGGGCGGGCUUGCAGUUAUAAUAUUCUUCCCCAAACCGCCCGAAAAGGACGCCUCUGACAAUAACCCUGCUGAAGAGGUUAAGGAGCCAUCCGGUCCGAUUGAAGCAUUAAAAGGCGCAGUGCGAUUAUCCAUGACGAAAAAUAUGCUUCUGUUAUGCGUAACAUUUCUCUAUACAGGUUUGGAAUUAGGAUUUUGGAGCGGUGUAUACAGUUCAGCUAUAGGAUCAACUACAAAUAUGCCUCGUAGCAAGGAACUUAUUGGAGUCUCGGGGAUUUUUAUAGGUCUUGGCGAAGUAUUAGGUGGUGCCGCUUUCGGUAUUUUGGGUAACAGGACGAUCAGAUGGGGACGGGACCCGAUCGUCAUAGCGGGAUUCGUCAUCCACGUUGCCAGUUUCUUCAUCAUCUUUUUGAACUUGCCGAUAGAUGCCCCUUUCGGAGCUACAACCACGUCGGCAUUUAUCACCAGUAAUGCCUAUCUGGCCAUUUUAUGUUCGUUCCUGUUAGGCUUGGGCGACGCUUGCUACAACACCCAAAUUUAUUCGGUGUUGGGUGGUGUGUACGCCAGCGACAGUGCGGCAGCGUUUGCCAUUUUCAAAUUCACUCAGUCAGUAGCAGCAGCUAUUAGUUUCGCCUACGCAUCGUAUCUGAAUUUAUACGGUCAGUUAGGCAUUCUUUUAGUAUCCUCCAUUUUGGGUACCAUAACGUUUGUAUGGGUGGAAUGGAGGGGAAGACGUGCUGCUGUGGAUUCUGCCAGCACUUCGUAAUCAAUCUAGUCAGCCUCCUGAUGGCGGGCGCUAAAACUAACCGAAACUAUGGGUGUUCAUUUUAUAUUUCGUAGCCAAGCUAAAUUAUUUUUUCUGGACAACCAAUAAAUUUCAAUUUAAUUUUACUUAAUCUGAAGUCACUGUAGGCAAUUUUUAUACAGGGUGGUCCGAACUGUAUAUAAAAAUAAGUAAAACUUCAUAAGUUCUUUAAAAUGUAUGUUCUAAAAUGCUUAGUUUCGGAGAUACAGAGUGUAGAAGUUUCAUAU